AUGCCACCCAAGAAGGCAGCUACCAACGGCGAUGCUGGCGAGGCCGGCGGUCUCCUCCUCUUGACUCAAGGCCGCUACGUUAAGCCAGACGAGUAUCCUCAGUUGUCUUCUGCGUUCCCUGGUACCUCAAUCGGCAGCAUCCGCAACCGCAUCUCCGCGCUCCGCGUCAAACAACGCGACCUCUACCUGGAUCUGAGCUGGGAUCUGCCGGAGGGCGGGGCGGGUCAUAGUGCGAAGAAGACUGCGACGCCGCGGAAGACAGCCAGUGGCAAGAAACGUGGUGUUGAUGCGGUUGAGGGCGAUGGCUUAGAUGAGGACGAGGUGGCUACGCCGAGCAAGAAACCGCGUGCCAAGAAGGCUAAGACCAAGAGCAAGAAGGAGGAGAGUGUUGAGGACGCGGUUGAAGAAGAUGGUAGUGAGGAAGGUGGUGGUGGAAAGAGUGUUGGUGUCAAAGAGGAGGUUCUUGAUGAGGAGCUUGAUGAGAUGGUUUAG